AAAAAAACCCGCGGCCCACUGCUAUCGGGUAGGGUUAAAUAACGAAAAACUGCCUCCCCGAUCCUCGUCUCAGUCCAUCCUCCUCCCCGCCCGCCCGCCAUCCUUCCACUCCCUCCAAAGCCGGCGGCUUUCCUGACGCAACCCAAAAGAAAAAGGCCUAAGCUUUCAAAGCUUCCAUUUAAAAAAACAAAGAGGAACAGAUUCAGAAGUUGCUUCGAAGCAUAUCCUCCAACCCCCCUUUUCUUCUCUUCUCUCUUCCUCUCACCACUUUCAUUGUAGAGAAGGGACGAAGAAGAAGAGAGGAAACGGGAGGAGAAGAAUACCCAUAUAGCCCAUCUUCAGGUGGGGAGAGUAGCAGAGGAAUUUAGGUAUGGGUAGGGGUUGCGUGCAAAUUGUUCGACGAAAUAAUGAAGAGGUGACCUUCUCUAGCUCUGGUGUCAAGGUGCAGCUUUUCCUUCAAGAGGCUACUGAUGCUCUAAAGCCGAAAGCUCGUAGCAGCAGCAAUGUCUUCUUCGCCAGUGUUAAUCAAGUUGGGAAGGGAUUCGGGGUCUCUUCCUCGCCGAAUUCGCUGGAGAAUUCCUCCACAGCCACCAUGCUUACUGCGGCCAAUAUGCAGCUGAAGCUAGUGUCAAUAGCUGAGCCACCUCUGGCUGUGGAGAGCAGCAGCAUCCCCCCUGAGCUGCAGCUUGGAGAAGUUCUGGAGACGGUGGUCAAGAACACGAAGAAGAACAAGAAGGGUGGGUUUAAGUGGAGAAUCAAGGUGAGGAAUCCGGCGUUGCGGAGGCUGAUCAGUGGUGGAAUUGCUGGUGCUAUUUCGAGAACUGUUGUUGCUCCUUUAGAGACCAUAAGGACUCAUUUGAUGGUGGGGAGCUGCGGGCAUUCGUCGUUGGAAGUGUUUGAUAACAUUAUGAAGUCUGAAGGGUGGACUGGUUUGUUCAGAGGCAAUUUCGUUAAUGUUAUCCGUGUUGCUCCAAGCAAAGCUAUUGAGUUAUUUGCUUAUGAUACUGUUCUGAAGAACUUGACCCCUGAACCUGGGGAGAAGUCGAUGUUGCCAAUUCCUGCAUCCUCGAUUGCCGGUGGCCUAGCUGGUAUGACUUCCACCUUCUGCACCUACCCUCUUGAGUUGCUCAAAACCCGACUCACAGUACAGAGAGGAGUAUAUGACAACUUGCUCGACGCCUUCGUAAAGAUAGUCCGAGAGGAAGGCCCCGGGGAGCUGUACAGAGGUCUGACUCCAAGCCUAAUAGGGGUAGCACCAUAUGCAGCAGCCAAUUACUUUGCUUACGACACAUUAAGGAAAGCGUACAAGAAGGCUUUCAAGACCGAGGAGAUUGGAAAUGUGAUGACCCUUCUGAUCGGGUCGGCUGCUGGUGCAAUCUCAAGCACUGCAACUUUCCCUCUGGAGGUGGCGAGGAAGCAGAUGCAGGCUGGGGCGCUCAAUGGAGGUCAGUAUCGCAAUCUGCUCCACGCUUUAGCUGGAAUCCUUGAGAAGGAAGGAUUGGGAGGGUUGUAUCGAGGGUUGGGACCUAGCUGCAUGAAGUUAGUACCUGCUGCUGGUAUAUCAUUCAUGUGCUACGAGGCUUGCAAGAAGAUACUGGUUUUGGAAGAGGAAGCUCGUGUAGAGCAAGCAACGGGUUGAUGAGCAUCUUUUUUUCCCCUUCUAGAAGAGUAGCUUCGGAAUUCGCAUAGAUACUACUUGAUUAGGGGGUCGACUUGCCCUAAGAGAUGUGACCCUUGUGUUUACUUGAUUAAGUUGAAAGUAGGAUUAGAUUCUAGACCAAGAAUUCUUCCAUGAGUUCAUGCCAAAGGAUUUAGACUCUUGUGUUGUAUUAGUGGGCAAUGUGGCUCACUAGUAUGCCCUUUCCACCUCAAAAUCUAGGCAAGAGAGAACUUCCACCAAUUUUGUAGUUAUGAGCUUAAACCCACCUAUUAAUGAUUAGUGAACAUGAUUACUGCUUGUGAUAUCAUAUCUAGCGAUUAGUGGUACUAAUUAAAUUGCAA